UUCUCUCAGUUGCUAAUUCCAUUCUAUAGAAAGUGUGCCUAGAGGGAAAACCCAGCUCUGUGCGCAGGCUGUUUUUCCAGCUCCGUGGUGCAUAGGGAAGAAUGAGUUUGGCUCAGAGGUUCCCUGCUGUUUUCUCCAGGAGUCUUGCAGCCGCUUUCCCUCCUCGGUCCGUUCUGCUUAGGGAGCCGUGAAAGGGGAGUUUGGCAGAGUGGGAGCUGCUGGGCAGAGCCUCUUGGCAGCAAGGAGCAGGGACUCUUGUCCUGUUGCUCUGAAUGGCAGAAGCAAAGCAGCGCAGCGUUUCCUGCUGCUGGCAUAUCCAAAGGUGCCAUCCAGCUUGCCAGAAGGCAACCAUAACUCCAAAAGCUGCUGUGCUAAUUCAGGGACGUGGUCGUAGGGCAGGAGUACUGAUGCUGUUAUCAGCAGAAAUUGUUUGUUGUUUAAUGGAGAGUUUAUCAGCGUUCAGAAGGGCACAGGCCACAUCAGAAUGACCAUUGCUACCCCGUAUCUGCUGCCGUUUGGGGGUUAAAGUUUGUAUCAGCAGCAUGCAACUGGCCCAGUUGUAAAACUGAGAAAAUUAUCCCAUGCAGCAAAACUGUAGGUAAAGUGCAGUCCAGAGUACUAACAAGUUACUCUAGAUAUCAGAAGAAUUUAGGCUGAUGUUGUGACUUUUGGACUGGGACAGCAGCCACAUAGUGCAAGACCAAGCUUUAAGUUUAUAGUUUCUAAAAACACGGAUGCAAUGUGUAUUAUUAGUAACUCUCUAUUUGCAAGGGUUCAUAAUUCUUUUUCCUUCAGAGCAGCAUUACCCAAACCAUGACAUGAUCUCCUGUGUAGAGCUAAAAAGGAGCACGGCUGACAAAUGAGACAGGUCUCAGAAAAAGCGGGAACAUUAGUUACAUUAUAGUAUUCAGUCAUGCUUUAAUUAUGUCUGUAGAAAUGGCUAGAGGGUAAAAAAUUUUGGUAGAAAUUGACUGGUUUGCAAAAUAAUAGUGGUUUUCAAGAGAGUGGGAGACCCUUGAAAAUGAAGGUUUAAAACCAUGCAUAUUGAUGAACAGCAGUCAGUUGUGCUUUGCCUGUAUUUCUGAUUUUUCUCCCCUUUGCUCAGAAGGGGAAAACAUUUUUCCACAGUAAACCUCAGCUUUUUAAUUUUUGAUCUACUCUGAUAGUAAAACUUCAUAUUUUUUACCACUUUCCGUUUCUCAAAGCAGUUCUUCCUAUGGUUUUUAAACUUCAGCAGGAAGAUUGGCUCAUGAACAAAGAAUCCCCAUUUGUAUGUUUCUGAGUAAAAGGCCAGUAGAAAAUACUACUUUUUUUUCUUCUUUUUCUUUUUUUAAUCAUGUGAAUUGCUCUAAUUCUUUGAGUUACUCCUGUAUCCCCAGAGAGCCCGUGUGAUGAUCUCUCUUUGCCAAUUCCCUCUUUCCCCCUCAGCUGGUGCUCAGGCCAGCAGUGGGGGUGGGACGGGACAGAAGUUGGCCGCGUAAAAAGCAUGGAAGAGCGGGAAGGGAGAGGGAUGGCUUGGGUGAGGCAUUUUGCAGGGGAGUUUGGAGCCGCAGUUUUGGAAGGGAGAGCAGGCUGGAUGUGCAGGAGGGAGGUUGCCAGGCUCUGGGAGCGGAGAGCCGUGGUAUGUGGGGCUGGCCAGAAAGCAGCCUGUGGCGUGGAAACCGGCGUGGGACACAAAAGGAGGAAGGAACAGCAACAAGGAGGCAGGGAAAACCGAAAGAGGGGUGGCAGGAGGCUGAGGAAAUGGGGAGCAGCAGCUCGGCGUCAGGAGGCGGCAGGUACACAUCUGGACGCAGCAGAACAUGAGCCCAAAAGGAUCUAGAAAAGAGCCCCAAAGUCCCCAACUCCAGGGCUCCCUCCCAAGGGAUUUGUGGGGUUGGAGAGGGCCUUAAAAUGGCUCCAGCCUGCGAGCACUGCCAGACUGCCAGACAUGUAUUUAAAUAACGUGACAGAAUUUCUCAUUUCCUCUCACAGUAGUGACUAGACUUGGCCUUGCUUAUUGGAAGCCUUCCAUCCAUCAUACACUUCUCGGCAGAAUGUGCAUUUCAUCACCUUUUAUUACUGCUCCAUAUAAAACAUGACCACCUCCUGCUACUGCUACUCCAUUAGUGCAGGUAGCAGAGCUCCAUCCACUGCUCCCGAUUUCAGCCAGGAUGAUAAGUAGUGUGGAUGCCGGUAUUGUGGUAUGUGAUGAAUUUCCCCUUUUUUUGAGCAGGGUAAGGGAAGGCACAGGCUUGCAACUUAGAGCAAUAAAGUUACAAGAUGCCAGAAUUAAGGGGGCUUGUUGUAUCCCAGUUCAGCGCCUUGUGCACGUGGCUUUAGAAAAGCUAAUUGCAACGCUUCCUGUGCCACUGUGUAUUAAGACUUAUGAUAUUUACUGUCUACUGUGUGGCAGUGUUUAUUGCAUGCUUCGUGAAACUCACCUAGACAACAGAAUUUAAUUGAAUUGUGGUGUUCUGUGUGACGCUUCUCACUGUACUACCAGAGUGCUUCACAAAUGUUUGCUUCUCACUUGAGCCACAGAUGAAUAAUGUGGAGGCAUUCCUAACUUAGACUAGGAGUUACCUCACAGAAAAUGCAAAGGAAAAACCCCUUCCAUUUUUCUUAGCUGUUCCAUAUGAAAUGCUUCUGACUGCGUUUUUUUAAUCCAAAAAUACCACAUGCAUAGUACCAGUGGAUUUUAGUUACAGCUUUGUGUACCCAGUAGUUCACAAAUCAGAUGCAAAUCCGAAGUUGCAGGGGUAGAAAAGCGAGAGUAUCUUACUGGAGGUCACCUGAGGAGCUCUGAAAUUAAAGCUGAAAGAACUCAUUGAGGUGGGAGUGGGACUGAGGUUUUUUGGACGUUGAAAUGGUAUUAACCAUAAAGUUUUUCCCUUCCCCCCGCCCUUUUUUUGUUUUAUCUAGCUUCUUGCCACAUUCAUUGGAUUUGUCACAUAAUUUGGAAAUGAAUCACAGGCUAAAGUGUGAUUCAUGUAUUUCAGCAUUAUCCAUCUCAUAUAUUGAAUGAGGCCAGAAAAUGUAAUCCUGUAAUUUUUUGCACUUCAGUGUCAGUUUUGCUACAAUUACGUUCCUGUUAAAGUAUUUUCUUCUUUACAGAGUAAUUAAUCUGGAGUCUGUCUCCCAAGACGCAAAAGCAGCAUCAGGAAUUAACACCAUGCCCUGUGUGGAUAGUGUGUGAUGAUAUCCUUUUGCCUUGUUCCAGCGCUAUUUCCUCUUCCAGAAGGAGACCUACCUCAUUCACCUCUACAAUGUGUUCACGGGACUCUCAAUUGCUUACUUCAAUUUUGGGACGCAGUUUUUUCAUUCCCUGAUAUGUGUCCUAAUCCAGUUCCUGAUACUGAGACUAAUGGGUCGCACAAUCACUGCCGUCAUCACCACAUUUCUCUUUCAGAUGACUUACCUUAUGGCUGGAUAUUACUUCACAGCCACAGAGCAUUAUGACAUCAAGUGGACAAUGCCACAUUGUGUCUUGACACUUAAGUUGAUUGGUCUGGCCAUUGAUUACUAUGAUGGAGGAAAAGAUCCGGAGUUCCUGACCCCUGAGCAGCAGCAAUUUGCUGUUCGGGGGGUUCCUACCUUGCUGGAGGUCUCAGGAUUCUCCUAUUUCUAUGGUGCCUUCAUGGUUGGGCCUCAGUUCUCCAUGACAGACUAUCAGAAACUGGCAAGGGGUGAGAUGACUGACGUUCCAGGCCAGAGACCCAAUAGUUUUGUGCCUGCUCUCAAGCGUCUGAGCCUGGGUCUCUUGUUUCUAGUAACCUACACCUUGUCGAGCCUGUAUAUCUCUGAUGAGUACCUCACCUCAGAUGACUAUAUGGAGAAGCCUUUCUGGUUUCGUUGUGGUUACAUAUUGAUCUGGGGCAAAAUGAUACUCUACAAAUACGUAACUUGCUGGCUUGUUACGGAAGGUGUCUGCAUCCUUGUUGGUCUGGGGUACAAUGGGAAAGACCAGAAUGGAAAGCCUUUGUGGAAUGCCUGUGCCAACAUGAAGGUCUGGCUGUAUGAGACAACACCUUUGUUCACAGGGACCAUUGCUUCUUUCAACAUCAACACCAAUGCUUGGGUGGCCCGCUACAUCUUCAAGCGCUUGAAGUUCCUGGGCAACAAACUGCUGUCACAGGCACUGGCCCUGUUCUUCCUGGCCAUCUGGCACGGGCUGCACUCUGGCUACCUGGUGUGCUUUCAGAUGGAGCUGCUGAUAGUCAUCGUGGAAAGACAGGCCAUGAACCUUGUUCGGGACAGUCCUGCCCUAAGCACUUUGGCCUCCAUCACUGUCUUGCGGCCCAUCUUCUACGUGCUGCAGCAGACUAACCACUGGAUGUUCAUGGGCUACUCCCUGGUGCCAUUUUGCCUCUUCACCUGGGACAAAUGGAUGAAGGUGUACAGGUCUAUUUAUUUCUUCGGCCACGUGUUGUUCUUCACCUUACUGCUGGUGUUGCCUUACAUUCGCAGAUUAAUCGUGCCACGAAAAGAAAAGCUAAAAAGAGCAGAAUAACAGCCAAAAGAUUGUACCACCUGUGCAUUCGUAGGAGUUGAUUUAACACUCCGGAAGCAAAGCAUCACCUGCCAAGUUUGCUGUGUUGAAGUAUGACUAUUUUUCAACGCAAGGAGGGGGAAGGAGAAAGCACAGGGUCAGAGACCCGAAAGGAGGGGAUCCGAGCGAGCCUCCUUGAGACCCUCCACCUUCUGUCUGUUGCCUUAUCUCUGCCGCCCCGCGGCCGGCACUCGUCUCUCCGCUGAUACCAGAUGAUUGUACCACACUCACGGCAGGUGCUGCGUUGGAUUGGAGCCACCUCCUGACUUUUCUACGUUUGUCAUCUAAGAUAAAAAAUUGCUCCUGGUCUUUUUAACAUCGGCUUCAGCUCCUUUCCUCUCGGGUGCCUCGGUGCGGGAGUGUGAACUGUCACAUGCCGCCGAGCACGGCGAUUCUACGGGACCGAGUGACACCAGGGUGAGCAGGGCACAGCUAAGAAUUCCAGUUC